UGAUUGAAUUAAUCCUCUUAUUCAGCUGCUGCUCCUCCUCCUACAACAGUCUCAUCAACUUUGAUCUGAUUCAUCAUCAAAAUAAUAAUGGCUGGUCUUCUUCUUCAUCAUCAUCUUCCAAACAAUUCAUUAACUCUCUAUUAUUCCAAUCCUUGUUCAAAAACAAGAAUAAUCCGAGUCAACUCACUCCUCUUUCACCACCAACCCUAUUAUGACUAUUAUUAUUCCCAAAAAUCCCCAAUUUUCCCCAAUCCAAAACCCUCACCAAUUACUAGUUAUACUACUACUCGAACUCGCAUUUCAUGUCAUUCCAAAACAACAUCACAUCACGAUCACAAUCAUCAUCAUCACCAUCAUCAUCAUCAUGGACAUCAUCAUGAGGAGGGCGGAGGUGAACUCUCGAAAUCGCAACAACUUUUUGCGGAUUUCGCUAAGGCGGUUAAGUGGACUGACUUAGCUGACUUUUUAAGGGAGCAUUUGGAGCUCUGUUGUUUCUCAACUGUUUUGUUUCUAGCUGCUGCCGCUGCUCCCUUUUUCGUCCCGAAAACGAUUGCCAAACCCGUUCAACAUGUUUUAGCUCUUGUUGCUUUCCCUCUCGUUGGGGUCUCAGCAUCAUAUGAUGCACUAUUAGAUGUUGCUGGCGGAAAAGUUAACAUUCAUGUAUUAAUGGCUCUUGCGGCUUUCGCAUCAGCUUUUAUGGGGAACUCACUGGAAGGAGGCUUGCUUCUCGCGAUGUUCAACUUGGCUCAUAUCGCUGAAGAAUAUUUCACCAGCCAGUCAAAGGUUGACGUCAAGGAGUUGAAAGAAAACUACCCGGAAUUCGCCCUUGUUCUUGAUGUUAAUAACCAAAAGUUGCUAAAUUUAUCUGAUUUGAAACACCACGAGGUCCCCGUUAAUGAGUUAGAAGUUGGAUCAUUUAUUUUGGUUAGAGCUGGAGAGUCGGUGCCUGUAGAUUGUGAAGUUUUUCGUGGUCGGUCGACCAUCACCAUUGAGCACUUGACUGGGGAGGUGAAACCAGUAGAAAGAGAUGUUGGUGACAGCAUUCCUGGUGGUGCGAGGAAUAUAGAUGGUAUGAUGAUACUCAAGACAAAGAAGACAUGGAAAGAAUCUAUGCUGAACAAGAUAGUGGAACUAACAGAAGAAGCUCAAUUAAGGAAACCGAAGCUACAAAGGUGGCUGGAUCAGUUUGGUGAGAAGUACAGUAAGGCAGUCAUCAUUCUAUCCGCUGCCGUUGCCCUCAUUGGCCCUGCUCUUUUCAAGUGGCCAUUCUUCAGUACUCCAGCCUGCAGGGGAUCACUUUAUAGAGCAUUGGGGCUCAUGGUUGCAGCGUCACCAUGUGCUUUGGCUGUGGCUCCUUUGGCUUAUGCUACUGCAAUCAGUGCCUGUGCAAAGAAGGGAAUACUGCUGAAGGGAGGACAUGUUUUUGAUUCUUUAGCUUCCUGCCACACCAUUGCAUUUGAUAAGACAGGGACAUUGACAACAGGUGAGUUUAUGUGCAAAGCAAUUGAGCCGAUACAUGGGCAUGAAGCUAGCACUUCUUGUUGUGUACCCACCUGUGAAAAAGAAGCCCUUGCUGUCGCUGCUGCAAUGGAAAAGGGAACCACUCACCCAAUCGGAAGAGCGGUUAUAACUCAUAGUCAAGAAAAAGAGCUACCUUCUGUUUAUGUUGAAAGUUUUGAGAAUCUCCCGGGUAGAGGUCUUUUUGCAACACUGUCUAGCAUUGAGCCAGGUUUUGGAGGGGGUCAAGAGUUGAAGGCGUCACUUGGUUCUGUUGAAUACAUCACAUCACAAUUUAACUCUAAAGCUGAAUCUCAGAAGAUUAAGGAGGCAGUGAUAAGGUCUUCGUAUGGAACUGACUUGGUCCGCGCUGCUCUCUCUGUAAAUAACAAAAAGGUAACUCUCUUCCACUUUGAGGAUAAACCUCGAGUUGGAACAAAGGAUGUCAUCUUGGAGUUAAAGAAACAAGCAAAGCUCCAUGUGAUGAUGUUAACUGGUGACCAUGAGCUUAGUGCACAUAGGGUUGCUAAUGCAGUGGGCAUUGAUGAAAUUCAUUGUAGCCUAAAGCCAGAGGAUAAGCUCAAUCAUGUGACCAGCAUCCCUAGAGAUACAGGAAGAGGUCUGGUGAUGGUUGGUGAUGGUAUUAACGAUGCACCAGCGCUUGCUGCUGCUACGGUUGGUGUUGUGCUGGCUCAACGUGCUAGUGCAACUGCUAUUGCUGUUGCAGAUAUCUUGCUACUUCAAGACAAUAUUUCUGGUGUUCCAUUUUGUAUUGCAAAAUCUCGCCAAACGACCUCACUGGUCAAACUAAAUGUGGCACUCGCAUUAUCGAGCAUUAUGCUGGCAUCCCUUACUUCUGUCAUGGGCUUUCUACCUCUAUGGCUUACGGUCCUCCUACAUGAAGGCGGGACUCUGCUUGUAUGUCUCAAUUCUAUUCGUGCUCUUGAAGAACCGUCAUGGUCAUGGAGAGCAGAUGUUCUACAAGUAUUCAAUAAAUUCAAGGCGCUCCUCAAUUUCUUGACUAAAAACACACCUACAAUCCAGGCGGCACCAUCAUAAGAUCGCAAACACAUCAGAUUUAGGUACACUCUACUGCUACUUAGGAUAGACUUUUUUAUGUAAAUUAUGCACAUCAAUUCAACAACUAUAUAAAAUGAGUAAAGUUCGAAAGUCAUCUCUUAUGUUUGUCAAUAUCCAUGCGGUUUGGUUUUCCUUUUGUCAACUCCAUUAAUUAAAACAAAGCAGUUAGUUAGUUGGAAGCUGGCAUCACUAAGAAGAUGGAUGAGAAUGACAAUGCUGAUAGCAAUAAACAACCAUACAUCGCGCUUUCCCUCUGUCCGAUUAAAGUUAUAGCAUUUUUAUAUCUUUCGGAUGGUUUCAAGGUUAACCUGUAACAUACAUUUUGGCCCUAUUUUGAGGAUGUUUUGUAUAUAUUUGUCAAAUAUUCGAAUUUCUUUAAAACUAUUAUGAAUGGAUGCGAGGAAGUAACAAAGAA